AGUUCCUGUUGGAUCUCGGAAAAAAAUCACCUCAGACUGGUUCCCUGCCAGCGGCCUGGGAGAGUCAGCAGUCGGCAGCGCAGCGGCGGGAACCGCAGCCUGGGGACCCUGGAACCUCCCAGCUCUGGGUGCUUUCUGAAGACUCUGUCCCAUGUGCAGGGGCCCACUGCUCAGAACCUUCUGCUCACCUGUGAAUCUGAGAGCUCUGGAUGGUGAAGAGAGGAAACUGUAGCAAAGGAUCCAGCUUUUAAUUUUUAGAGAAAAGUAACAAGAAGAAUGAAUGCUUCUCUCCUAAAUGCUUGUCAGGGUCAGUUGACAUUCAAGGAUGUGGCUGUGGAUUUCUCCCAGGAGGAAUGGGAAAGUCUUGAUUGUGCUCAGAGGGCAUUGUACAUGGAUGUGAUGUUGGAGAAUUACAACAAUCUGUUUUUUGUGGAGAAUCAUUGUAUGUGUCAUAAAUACCAGAAAAUCUUGGAUGAAGACCUACAGCAUAUUGUCCAUGAACAUGAAAAUAUCCAAGUGAAUUCUUAUAAAUAUCAAGAGCUUGGCGAAAUCAUUCAUGAAUCCACCCAAAGUACACCUUAUAAAAUUAACCUCAUGGAUACAUCUUUUGAAUCAUCAAAUAUAAGCAUACAUGAAACUGGAAACAAUAGAGAACCUUGCAAAUAUAAAAACCCUGUAUAUUGUUUAAAUUUGUGCUCUACCAUUAGUCUAAAUCAAGGAAUCAACGUAAGAAAGAAAGAAUACAAUGGUGCAGACCUUAAUGAGGUUUUUGACUCUCAACAAACACUCAUGUUGAAACAAACCGAAAGUGGAAAGAAACCUUACAAAUGUAGUGAAUGUGCCAAAUGUUUUGCCAAGAAAUGCUGGUUUAGGAAACAUCAGACAAUUCACACAGGAGAGAAACUUUACAAAUGUAGUGAAUGCGACAAAUGCUUUACCCAGAAAGGCAGGCUUAGUAUUCAUCAGAGAAUUCAUGCAGGAGAGAAACCUUACAAAUGUAGUGAAUGUGAGAAAUGCUUCAUUCAAGUUGGUGAUCUUAGAAGACAUCAGAGAAUUCAUACAGGAGAGAAACCUUACAAAUGUAGUGAAUGUGACAAAUGUUUUACCUACAAAAGCAGCCUUAGAAGUCAUCAGAUAAUUCAUACAGGAGAGAAUCCUUAUAAAUGUAGUGAAUGUGACAAAUGCUUUACCCACAAAGGCAGCCUUAUUAUUCAUCAGAGAAUUCACACAGGAGAGAAACCUUACCAAUGUAGUGAAUGUGAUAAAUGCUUUACUCAAAAAGGCAGUCUUAGUAUUCAUCAGAGAAUUCAUGCAGGAGAGAAACCUUACAAAUGUAGUGAAUGUGACAAAGGCUUUACCCAAAAAUGCAGUCUUGUCAUUCAUCAGAUAAUUCAUACAGGAGAGAAACCUUACAAAUGUAGUGAAUGUGAUAAAUGCUUUACCCUCAAAGGUGAUCUUAUUAUUCAUCAGAGAAUUCAUACAGGAGAAAAACUUUACAGAUGUAGUGAAUGCGAUAAGUGCUUUACAAAGAAAUAUCGUCUUAGAAUGCAUCAGACAGUUCAUACAGGAGAGAAACCUUACAAGUGUAGUGAAUGUGACAAAUCUUUUAACCUGAAAGGCCAUCUUAGAAUUCAUCAGCGAAUUCAUACAGGAGAGAAACCUUACAAAUGUAGUGAAUGUGACAAAUGCUUUACUCAAAAAUGUGGUCUUAUUAUUCAUCAGAGAAUCCAUGCAGGAGAAAAACCCUACAAAUGUAAUGAAUGUGACAGUUACUACACUCGCAAAAGCCAUCUUAAUGUUCAUCAGCGCAUUCACAUAGGAGAGAAACCUUAUAAAUGCAGUGAAUGUGACAAAUGCUUUACCAAUAAAUAUUGUCUUAGAACUCAUCAGAGAAUACAUUUAGUUAAUAAACCUUACAAAUGUAGUGAAUGCGACAAAUCUUUUGCCCUGAAAACCAGACUCAGGUGUCAUCAGAUAACUCAUACAGGAGAGAAACCAUACAAAUGUACUAAAUGUGGCAAAUACUUUACCCAAAAAGGAAGUCUUAUUAUUCAUCAGAGAAUUCAUACAGGAGAGAAACCUUACCAUUGUAGUGAAUGUGGCAAAUACUUUACCCGAAAAAGCAGUCUUAAUGUUCAUCAGAGAAUUCAUACAGGAGAGAAGCCUUACAAAUGUAGUGAAUGUGAUAAUUGCUUUUCCCACAAACGUGAUCUGAGAAAACAUCAGAUAAUUCAUUCGAUAGAAAAAACAUUACAAAUUUGAGUGGGACAUAUGCUUUACCCAAAAAUUUGGGCUUCUUAUUCAUUCAAGCAUUCAUACAGGAGAGAAUCCCCACAAAUAUAGUGAAUCUGACAAAUGCUUUAUCUGCAAAUGCAGUCUUAGAAUCCAUCAGAGAAUUCAUCCAGAAGAAAAACCUUAAAAAUAUUGUGAAUGUGACAAAUUCUUUAGCCAGAAACAGUCUUAGCACUCAUCAGAGAAUGCGUACAGUAGAGAAACUUAACAAAUGAAUGAGAAAAUCCAUUCCUAAGGAAGAUCAUCUUAGAGUUCAUCAGAGACUAUAUAUAGUAAAGUAUCCUUAAAUAUAGUAAAUGUACAAAUAUUUUACUGUUGGUUCAUCGCCUAGAGUAAAGCGAAGAAUGCAUACAGGAUCAAAACCUCAUAAAUGUAAUGUAUGAGGAAAGGUCUUUACCCAAAUCUCAUAUUUAAGAAAAUAGAUAUUUAUUUAUAUAUAUCUAUUUAUAUCUGGAAAUUUAUACUCAGUAAAAAAAAAAAGUGUCCACUCAAAAAACUGUGGCAUGUGCUAUAUCCAAGCUGUAUUGUUUGCAACACUUGAGGCUACACACUAGAGAAUUGUUAUAUAUAUGAGAAACUUGUGAAAGUGUUUAAUUAAUGCUCAAAUCUUAGAAUCUACCCAGGGUUUGUGCUGAGAGAAACUGAAAAUGUGACAAUGAAGGAAAUAUUUCAUUAAAAGAUUUUACUUGUUCACUUUCAACUAUGUCAUAAUGAAGACACGAUGGAGAAGCUAGAAGAACAUGGAAUUGUAAAAAGUUUCCUAGAGACUGAAAUGAUCUAUUUCAAAGAGCAGCUGGGAAAUACAUGCCUCAAACUAGAGUAAAACUGACAACACUUGUAUGCUUAACUCAAAUUAAGAUACUUAGACAAAUUAUACUUAUUAAAGUAGAUUUGACAAACUGAGCCUCAAAUAUAGGAUGUUCUUUAUCCUGUAGAUAUUCCUAAAAAUACGGAGUUUUCUCUCAAUGUCCAGUAUUCAUAUUCUUUAUCAUAGGAUGGUUUUAGAUUUCAGAAUAGCAAUUGUCUUUGAGUCCCUCAGGCUCUCACUUACUGACUCCUUCCCCUGAGUCUUGUACGGAACUCCAAUAAAGAUCAUUGGUU